ACCAGGAUACGUCACUUCUCAGAAAGAUCAUAGUGGAGUGCAUUGAAUCAAAUAUUCUUCCGUUUAGUGGUCAAGAUAAAGAUCUUCACCGAUUAUCAGAUCCAAACUUGCUUCAUUCAGAGGCGUUCAAAGACGCAGUAAGGAUGGCGAAUCAGGCUAAAAUCAAGGAUGACGAUGAUCUACCUAGUUUGGACGAUGUCAUGAACCAAAUAUCCUUUCCAGCCGAGCCUCCAUCCACAAAAGUCUCAGCGCGAAAAUCGAGCAAGAAUCAGCCGCUGACAGCGUUAACAACGUUCUUACCAGAUUCCAGUCUAGCAAUUCCUGGAGAGCUAGUGUUAGCUUGGUCCGAUCGCUUUUAUUAUCCAGGGCGGAUUAUUGAUUAUGCAUCGGGCCAUUCCAAGUCAAUUGAACGCAAAAAGUUUUUUACAAGAUACGAAAAAGGAUUCCAGACUUGUCAGAAAACUACGAAGACCAGGAGCUGGAAUCUCAGGUGCGUGAUUUGUAUCCUGGUCUUUAUAGGAUUGUUGCUGGUAUACCAGAUGAGGGCGGUCGAUUGCGAUCAUUUUUACAAGGAGGGAAGGCAAAAAGAGCUUUAGCACAGCGUGUUGGUCCUGGCACUUUUGCAAGAGAGGAAUAUGGGCUUAUUGGGAGCUUAUUGCAGUCCGAGUUUCUCCCGGAUUUGGCUACAACUGUCCAAAAAGCAAAGCCCGUUAACCUUCAGAAUAAAUCCGGUUGUCCAAUGAAACGCAACGGUGAUGUCACGAAGGAUUUUUCGGAGCAAA